AUGGAAGCGGGAAAUAAAUUCGGUGCAAUCAAGCGUCCUGAAUUAGCGCCAACUUAUAAUGACAACUCAAGCUCAAUUUGUUUUAUGCAAACUGAUAUAGAUUAUUACACCGGCCGUUCCCCAGGCACCCAUGAAGACGUUCCUAUCCUCCGAAUCUACGGUGUCACUGAAGAAGGCCAUUCUGUAAUGGUCCACGUCCAUUCUUUCGCUCCUUAUUUCUGGGCAGAAUGCCCACAAGGUAUGGACAACGAAUUUUACUGUGAAAAAGUAAAGCAAGCCUUAAAUAACCACCCCCAAUGCAAAAAUACAGUCGCCAGGGUCACUACAGAACUAAAAGAAUCCAUCAUGUUUUUUACCAAUAAUGGCGCCCUCCCCUAUUUCAAAAUUUUUACCUAUGUCCCUAAAUCCGUCUCCCAGCUCCGAGGCAUUGUAGAAAGAGGCAUAAGUAUUGACGGAAAUGCUUUUAACUGCCAAACUUAUGAAUCUUAUCUUAUCUUAUAGAAUUUAUAUCGCUUAACGUCCACUACGGGGUUACAACUCCAGGUUUAUCACUCGCCUUUCGUCGCAUCGGGCCCACCAGCCUGCUGGAGACAAACUCGCUUCGAUCACCAAGGUGCUUCUAGGGCAAAUGUCCACGUCUUCGACGGCUCAUGGAUGAGCUACUUGCUUGUACAUGGGUUGCUUUUCCGAAAAACCCAAAAAAUGGAUUUUUCUGGUCGGCUAUCGGCAAAAAGGAAAAAUGCAAAGCCUGGGACGUAACGCCCACUUUCACGCUAGGGAGUUGCCCGAAUGGUCCAGAGGACUUUGCUGGGCUUCCCCUUUCCAACCCUGCACCUUCCUUCCCCACGAGGAAAAAUCCACCCCUGAGAAUAGACUAGGGCUAGGCUCUGAAAGCUACCAGAAUUGCUUACCUAGCAUUGCUGUCCAUCUCUGAAAUGGUAAAACCUUGCCGGAUAUAAUUAAAAUAUGAGUCGAGGCUGCAUGGCCGGGAGGCCAUGCCCAGACGAAGACGCCAUAUUUUAAUUAUGCCAAACUUAUGAAUCAAAUAUCCCUUUUGCCCUCAGAUAUAUGAUUGACGUAGGAAUUGUUGGGAUGUGCUGGCUUGAGCUGCCUGCUUUUCAGUACGAUUUACGGUACGACGACAACGUAUCGACUGCACAAAUAGAAAUUGAUAUAAAUUACCAGAAUAUCAUCGUCCAUAAGCCAGAAGGAGAAUGGAGCAAAAUUGCGCCUUUAAGAGUCCUUUCUUUUGACAUUGAGUGCAAUAAUAAUGGACAGAAUUUCCCGACCCCUGACAAAAAUGAAAUUAUCCAGAUCGGAAAUGUCUGCAAAAUCCCAGGGACUGACAAUGUGAUCGCUAGGAAUAUUUUUACGUUAGGCGGGUGUGCAGAUAUAGCAGACGCUAAAGUGUUUUCUUAUGAUAAAGAAGAAGAUAUGCUGAUGGGGUGGAAAGAAUUCGUCCUUUCUGUCGACCCAGACAUUAUUACAGGCUACAAUAUCUUAAACUUCGACUACGGCUACAUUUUUAAGCGUGCCGAAAAGCUGAAACUCAAAAAAUUCCCAUUUUUCGGGAGAGUCAAAAAUACAGAAACAAAAAUAAAAGACACCACUUUUCAGUCAAAAGCCCAAGGAUUGAGGGAAAGCAAAGAAGUAGGCAUGGACGGCAGAAUUCAGCUUGAUAUGUUCCAGCAUAUCCAAAGGGAGCACAAGCUAAGCCAUUAUUCAUUAAACUCAGUCUCGCUUACGUUUUUAAAAGAACAAAAAGAAGACGUCCAUUGGACCACUAUGAAAGAUUUACAAGAAGGCUCUGAUGAGACUAGAAGAAGAAUUGCCGUUUAUUGUUUAAAAGACUGCUAUUUACCAUUAAGACUGCUUGAGAAGCUGAUGUGUAUUUUUAAUUAUGCAGAAAUGGCAAGAGUCACUGGUGUCCCGUUUUCUUAUCUGUUAACCAGAGGCCAACAGAUAAAAGUGGCCUCACAAUUAUUAAGAAAAGCCCAGGAACAUAAUAUGCUGAUACCUACACAGGCGAGAAAUGAAGGUGGAGAAAAAUAUGAAGGCGCUUUUGUGCUGGAGCCCAAAAAGGAUUUUUAUAAUGUACCUAUAGCCACUUUGGAUUUUGCCUCAUUAUAUCCGUCUAUUAUGAUGGCUCAUAACCUUUGUUAUUGUACAUUAGUCCCGCCGUCUAUUCUUGGGAGGUUAGAAGAAGAAGACUAUAUAACUACACCCUCAGGCGACCAUUUUGUAAAAAGCAAUUUAAGAAAAGGACUUUUGCCGAUUAUUUUAGAAGAGCUAAUAGAUGCAAGAAAAAGGGCCAGAGAAGAGAUUAAAAGGACUGAAGACCCAUUUAUGAAAAAAGUACUGGACGGGAGACAGCUAGCCUUAAAAAUAUCAGCGAACUCUGUAUAUGGUUUUACAGGCGCACAAGUCGGCCAAUUGCCUUGCUUACAGAUCUCGUCUAGCGUAACUGCAUAUGGCAGAAUGAUGAUAGAAGGCACUAAACGGACCAUAGAAGAAUACUAUUCUACCGCCAACGGUUUUCCUCACGACUCACAAGUAAUUUAUGGCGACACUGAUUCCGUCAUGAUCAAAUUUGGCCUUGAAAAUCUCGAAGAAGUCAUGAAGCUUGGCAAAGAAGCAGCACUAAUGGUCUCCCAGCAGUUCGUAAAGCCAAUCCGACUUGAAUUCGAAAAGGCUUAUUUUCCUUAUUUACUUAUGAAUAAAAAAAGAUACGCUGGUUUACUAUGGACAAAUGCAGAAAAAUAUGAUAAAAUUGAUAUGAAAGGCAUAGAAAGUGUCAGAAGAGACAAUUGUGCAUUGGUCAGAGAGACGAUUAAUACGUGUCUUUAUAAGCUGCUGAUAGAAAGAAAUGUAGAAGACGCUGUGGAUUUCGUAAAAGGUGUAGUUUCAGCGCUGCUGCAGAAUAAAAUUGAUUUGUCCAUGCUUGUGAUUACUAAAGCCUUAGGCAAAAAAACACAAGCGGAAGGAAAAAGUAACAAAAAUAUUUAUACAGCAAAACAGGCACAUGUGGAGCUAAGCAAAAAAAUGCAUGAUAGGGAUGCCGCAACAGCCCCUGGGGUAGGAGAUAGAGUGGCGUAUGUAAUGAUAAAAGGAGUCAAAGGCCAAAAAGCUUAUGAGCUAGCUGAAGACCCAAUUUAUGCGCUGAAAAAUGAUUUGUCGAUUGAUUUUGACUAUUAUUUAGAAAAACAGCUGAAACUUCCCCUUUCCCGUCUUUUUGAAGCCAUUUUGACUAACCCAAACUCUUUAUUUGCAGGUGAGCAUACCAGAAAAAGAUACCAGCCCAAGUCCACAACUGGCGCUUUAUCAAAAUUCAUUAAAAUCACCACAACUUGUAUAUCAUGCAAAACACAAAUAAAAUCAGGAGCGUUGUGCCAAAGCUGCGAAGAAAGAGCGCCUGAGAUUUAUUUGGAGAGAAUUUUGCAGUCAAACCAAUAUGAAAAGAAUUUCCAAGAGCUCUGGGCUGAAUGCCAAAGAUGCCAAGGGUCUGUACAUCAAGAAGUCUUGUGCACAAAUAGAGAUUGCCCUAUUUUUUAUAGGAGGGAAAAAGUGAGGAAAGAUAUGUGCUAUAUAAAAGGAGAACUGGAAAAAUUAGCAUUAAAUUGGUAA